AUGAUGACCAAAGUGAAAACGCAGGGUCUUGUGACCGAUUUGAUGCCUAACAUCAAAUUGAUGCAGGCAGCCGGUCAUUUUCUAUUUAAUUAUCAUUCAGAUAACUCUGGCAUGUCCAUGCUUCUACGUAAAGUCUAUAGCAGCGUCCACGCUGUAUUGAUAGUCGUUAACUAUGUAUGUAUGGCAGUCAACAUGGCCCAAUACUCCGAUGAAGUCAAUGAGCUCACAGCCAACACCAUUACCGUUCUUUUCUUUGCCCAUUCUAUCAUUAAAUUGCUAUUCUUCGCUCUUAACUCGAAGAGUUUUUACAGAACCUUAGCAGUAUGGAACCAGUCAAAUAGUCAUCCUUUAUUCACGGAGUCGGAUGCCCGUUACCAUCAGCUUGCUCUAACUAAAAUGAGGAGGCUGCUCUACUGCAUCUGUGGCGUCACUGUCUUAGCUGUAGCUAGUUGGGUUACGAUAACGUUUUUCGGCGAAUCAGUGCGGUUCAUUGCUAACAAGGAGACCAAUGAGACUAUGACCGAACCUGCUCCAAGGCUGCCCCUCAAAGCUUGGUAUCCAUUUAAUGCCAUGGGUGGAACUAUGUAUAUAGUCGCUUUUGCUCUGCAGGUGUAUUGGCUACUUUUCUCAAUGGCCAUAGCCAAUUUAAUGGACGUAAUGUUUUGCUCCUGGCUCAUCUUCGCCUGUGAACAGCUUCAGCAUCUGAAGGCUAUUAUGAAACCGCUGAUGGAAUUGAGCGCAUCUUUGGACACAUACCGACCAAAUACUGCUGAAUUGUUUAGAGCUUCGUCUACAGGUUAUAACUUUAUUUUAACAGAGAAGUCUGAAAAGGUACCAGAACCUACAGACUUGGAUAUCCGUGGUAUAUACUCCACUCAGCAGGACUUCGGAAUUACUCUUCGCGGCGCUGGCGGCAGACUGCAAACCUUUGGACAGCCCACUACCAACAAUCCUAAUGGUUUAACUCAGAAGCAGGAGAUGCUAGCCAGAUCUGCUAUUAAGUACUGGGUGGAAAGACACAAGCACGUUGUGAGACUAGUGGCAUCCAUAGGGGACACUUAUGGUACUGCUCUACUGUUCCACAUGUUAAUUUCUACUAUUACGCUUACUCUACUGGCUUAUCAGGCUACCAAGAUUGACGGUGUUAAUGUGUACGCGUUUAGUACACUUGGGUACCUCAGCUAUACACUGGGACAAGUGUUUCACUUUUGUAUUUUCGGUAAUCGACUGAUUGAAGAGAGCUCAUCUGUGAUGGAAGCUGCAUACUCCUGUCAAUGGUAUGAUGGUUCUGAGGAAGCCAAGACCUUUGUUCAGAUCGUCUGUCAGCAAUGUCAGAAGGCAAUGAGCAUCUCGGGAGCUAAAUUCUUCACAGUAUCAUUGGAUCUUUUUGCUUCUGUGCUGGGUGCAGUCGUAACUUAUUUCAUGGUGUUGGUACAACUGAAGUAA